AAGCUGGCUGAAUAUCAAAGUUUAGUGUUUAUAUUUGUAGGCUUACGCACAGAGAUGUGUAACUGAUAUUUCUCUUUGUUAUUCAAAAGAAAAAUUAUAAGUAAACAAACAUUUAUACAAAUACUACGUAAAUAAAAUAUAAGGAAAGGAAGUGGGUAAAUUUGACACUUUGUUAAAUUGCCCCAGGAGUGUUUCAAUAAAUAACUUGUAAAAUUUUGUGUUACUUUUUGAGAGAAAAAAAUUGACACUCUAUCCAGAAGCUGUACAAAGCUGUAGAUACAGGUAGAUAAUAAUUUUACAUUGAUAUUACACCAGGGAAUUCGUUCGGAAUCACUUAAACAACGAAUAUUGAUCAUAUUUCAAGUUUGUGGAAUUGCGUGAAACUUGCUAACGACACAGAAAACAUGGGAAAUAUAAGUGCUAAUAUAUAAAUCAUACGUUCCUAUUGGACUAUAACACAAAGAACUCUUUUUGUAUAUUUUCUGAUCUGUUAAACUAAGAACUGUUUUGUUUUUUUUUUUACCGAAGGGACUGAAAAAAGCUAAGGAGAAGAUUGUUUGGUUAUAACACUAUAAGGAAAGACGAUAACAAAUUAUGGGUGAGCUGAAAACCCCGGAUUCGACUCCCCCGUUAAACGUUAUGACCGGAAAUGGCCCCACGAUUGUUAGAUCUAAACUGGUUUUGGUUGGAGAUUGUGCAUGUGGGAAAACUUCCCUCAUCAAAAGUUACAUAAGUGGAAAUUUUCUUCAUGAUUAUACGCCGACUGGAUUCGAUACAUAUACAACAGUUUACAAUGUGACAGACACGUACACAAUCAAGCUGUCAUUAUGGGACACCUCAGGGAAAGACGAAUACAGCCGUGUCCGUCCAAUAUCAUAUAACGACGCCGACAUCAUUCUAUUGUGCUAUUCCGUCGGUGUCCCACAGUCUCUAGAAAGAGUCGUAACAAAGUGGUAUCCUGAAAUCCGCGAGAACUGCCCAAAUCAGCCAAUUAUACUGGUUGGCUGUCAGAAAGAUCUCAGAGAAAACAACUCCACAGAGAAAUUAAAGAAGAAAGAUCCCAACUUUGUCUCAUACGAACAGGGAGUAAAAACUGCAAAAAUUAUCGACGCUGUGAUGUAUUCCGAAGUGUCCGCAAAAACUUCAAACAAAAGUGUAAAGGACGUUAUUGAAGUUGCGGCCAUGUCUUCCGCCGGAUGUAAACUAGAGAAGAAAAGUUCUACCUUCAGACGCAGGAGAGCUUCUUUCCAGCGGAAGCGCUUCAGUGAGAUAGGAGAUGCAAAAAGAGUGCUAAGGAACGAGGCUGCUAAAAGUUGUGCAGUUAUGUGAAAAAUAUAAUCCCAUUUCGAUUUAAUUAAACAUUAACAAAUUCUGCAGUUCGAAGGGUGUAUAUAUAUCCUACAUAAUGCAGGGUUGGUUAAUUUGCAUAUUACCAGCAUAUAGCGUCUUAGUAAAGCUAUAAAUAGCACCAUUUAAUGAACAUGCAGAAUAUUUAUGUCACGUGGUAUUCAUAACCAGAACGAUGGGAUAGAUAGAACGAACAAAGCCUUGCAAUUACUAAUCACCCUGCCAGUAGAAAAAUACAAAAAAUGGUUCUGCUUAGAAUGCAUUUUGAAAACUAGUUUUUACGAAAUAAGCCAGAAAAUGAGUUUUUUUGUAAAGUAUUUCUUUGUGAAUGAUCCAUUGAGAAAUCUUGUUGUUUAUGUUAUAAGAUGUUUUUGUCUUUUUUUAAAUCAUGUGUACAUUUCAUAUAUUAAACAAGACAAUAAAAUGAUAUAUCUUAAAUUGUU